GGCGGCCCGGGAGCGGCGGGCCGUAGGCGGGCGGCCAUGGCUGUGCGCGGGCUCCCGCUCUGCCUGCUGGCCGUCAGCUGCGCGAUGCCUGCGCCGAGCCGGGGCCAGGGCUGUGCCGCGCAGCGAAUGGACAACGCCAUCAUCGAUAUAAACUUGUCUCUCCCCAUGGGUAUCCGAGGUGCGGAACCAGUGCACGUUCCAACACCAGAGGCUUGCAUACAUGCCUGCUGCUUGGGAGAAAAGCUGUCAGGAGGCAAGAAAUGUAACUUGGUGAUUUUUGAUGCUCAAAGGGCAAGCACACAACCAAACUGCUACCUGUUUCAUUGCCCUAGCACAGAGGCUUGUCCGAUGAAACCUGCAAUGGGACUUGUGAGCUACAAAAUAGCUCAAGACACCCAUGCCCUGGAGGACACAUCCUUCAGAAAUGAGGACUUCAGUUCAAAUGAACUCUCUGUACCUUCAGAUGCUGGAGCUUUUAUUUCUCAAAGCCAGACUAGCCAUCAGUAUCAUACCACUGCUUUGCAACAAUCUGUUUUUCAUCAAGCAUCUGAACUCGUGAACCAUAUGGCCAAACAUGUAGACAACACUGAAUUUCAUAGAGUUUUUCCUGAAUCACAAAGGGCAGACAAUCCCAAGAGCUUAGACCCCUUGCCAAGGCAGAAAGUAAUUAAUCCACCACCAAAUAUAUCAUAUACUGUUCAAACUGGAAACCCUUCUGCUUUGUUCCUCACCACUGAGUCUAGUGUUUCCAGUUCCAGCAGUACUACUGUUACUCCCCUGCCUAAAAGUACUGUCAGACUGAAACCUCAUACAACUUCUUUGCUUACAGGUGGUACCAGACCUAGUACUGUCACUAGAACAACCACCUUUAUGCUUACCGCAAUUGCUAGAGCUGAACCUGGUAUCCCUACUGCGAAGAUUGCUGCUACUCGUGUUUUUCUUUCCAGUCUCACAACUUCUGCUUCUACUUCUACAGCCAAGUGGGUGACCUCAAAUCCCGUAACAGCCACCAGCUCAGCAGGGCUCAGAACUUCAUCCAUCCCUCCUGAGCCAACAGCUGUCUCUGCCAGUUAUACCAGUCAUGUUACCCUUGUCUCUUCUUCAAGUUUUGCUCUCUCUACUAGUGCUCCCCCCAUGGCUUCCCUAAACAACCAUAAGGAUUAUGACCCAUCUGAUUCAGAAGGUACCCCCUCAGAGAAUGUUCAGGGAAGAAAAGGCUUUGUUCAGCUGGAAGACAAAAGCAGACUUGUAGCAGCUUUACUUUUUGGGGUCAUAUUCUUGCUGUUAGUUAUUGCACUCACGGGGAAGAAAAUGCAUGAAUCUCUUCGGAAGAGACAAUAUACCAGGUUGGAUUACUUGAUCAAUGGAAUGUAUGCUGAUGUAUGAUGGGGCAUAGGGAAUAGAUUGUUAGGAGCAUUUAUCAUCUUUGUGAGAACUACUCUGAAAGUGAAGAGCGGAUAUGAAAUUUCAGAAGAGGAUGCCUUCCUUCUUUGGUCACCAGUAGCCACAUGGUUUUGCUGGGGAAGAAAACUUUCCAGACUGAAUUAUAAUGUCUAUCAUUUGAUUUAGUAUCAAAUCCUAAAUAUAAACACUCAAGCUAAGCAAAGAAGUUCUCAUAUUUAAGGAGAAAAAUAAUUUCUAGAGUAUAUUCUGUGACUAGAUGAGCACAAUAGAGUUCGACCUAAUUAAUUGAGUACCUGUGCAGCACAUGAGCACUUUCAGUGCUUUUUGCCUCCAAAUACAUAAGUGUUACACAAGUCAGGCAUCAUGUAACUGUAUACGGCAUCCUAUAUACUCUAUCUGAGCCUUAAAUGAGUAUUGGGUAGUAGUAUAUAGCAUCCAAAUGGUUUUAGGUACAAGGAGUAAACUGUAAUAUUCAUAACAUGCUUAGCUUAACUUUCCUUGGCUACAUUGUGUCCAUUGAUAUUUAUCUUGAAUGCUUUCAUGUGCGUAUAUCAUAAGCUAUACUUAAAACCACAUGCUGCAAAUUUUAGUUUGCCUUUUCUGAAGAGAAUACCACCCUCUAGCACACUGAUUUUUUGCAGGACAUGUCAAAUAGUUUUUAUCAUAUUUAGUUAAACAAAGCUGGAAUCAUCUUUUUUUUUUCUUGACAAAUAGCAUGACCAUACGACUUGGCGUAUACAUGAGAAUCUGUUCUAAUAUACUUAAAAACUUAACAAUUAAUUGUAGAGCAGAUGGAAACUUGUGAAGGAACUGAGCAAAGACAAUGGCUGUAUUAUCAGCAGAGGACACAGAAAAAGUAUGGUUUCCAGUUCCUGAAUAUUUAGACAGAUUGAAGGGAAAUAAGGAAGUAUUAAGUAACAUUGAUGGAUGUGUUGUGCAAGAGCCCCAAACUCAGUGAUAAUUCCUACAGUCAGAGAAGCAUUAUCUUCGAACAACUUUGCAUUAUCUUCCUGCUUCUCGCAUUCUUUUAUUUCCCUCACCAGACUAGUGGCUCUUAAAAGCACUGCUUGCAACAGGCCUAAAGUUGAUAGAAACACCCAGAGAACCACAGAAUCGCAGGUCCUCAAGAGAUCACUGAGUCUAAUCCUCCUGCUAAAGCAGCUUCCCUACAGUAGAACACACAGGCAGGCAUCCAAAUGUGUCUCGAAUAUCUCUGUAGAAGGAGAGUCCACAACCUCUGGGCAACCUAUUCCAAUGCUCCAUCACCCUUACUGUAAAGAAGUUCUGCAUGUUUGUAUGGUACUUCCUAUGUACAAGUUUUAGGACUUGUCCUAUCACUACACAACACCGAGAAGACCCUGGCCUCAUCCAUUUGCCUUCCAACUCCCUUUAGAUUGUUAUAAACAUUAAUCAGAACUCUAGAACUCUGGGUAGAAGUGCAUACUCUCAAAGCACAACUUUUUUACUUCUGGGGUCAUGUUCAUAUAACUGGUAAUAAGCACAGCUGCUUUGUAUGUUUCCCUGCCUCUGGAAUAAGAGUGAAGUGAGAGUGCCUGUAAUCAUUCACUGUUUGAACCUCCAGUUCAAACUCUCUUUUUUCCAUACCAUCAUCAGUCUUAAUCUGUUUUCAGAAUGAAACCCUGGAUAUUGAAGUAUCUGUGGCAGGCAGCAUAAUCAACUACAAACAUCAAGAUAGAGAAGGAAAGGUGCCUUCUGAAUAGAAACAAAUAAUUAUAUGACAAAAUAUGAAAAGUAACUCACGUCCAAGAGGUUCUUAGAUCUCUCAAGUUUACUGCAGUGGGAAGCAGUCGUGAUCCAAAAAUGGCCCCAAGGCAAGUUUUCUGGGAGCUCUGACAAUAACUUUAUGCAGAAAAUUCUCUGAAAAUUCUGUUAUUCAACAAAGACAAGUCAGUGUUCCUUAUGUCAAGAAGCUGAAUUCUUGCUGUAUGGAAGCUGCAAGCUGCUUUAUAGAUACAAAACCAUUUGUUUUUUCUACAUUACUUCUAUCUGAUAAUGCUUACGUAAAAAACACUCUGGAUAACAUCUUAGAAUUGAAGAAAUUUGCAGAAGUGUCUCAAGUUGAUGAGCUGGUCUGUUGACUGCACUUUUUGCUUCUUUUUCAUUUUUAUUUUUUAAAAUCAGCUAGUUUCAAAGGUUUGUGGUCAAGGAAUAUGAUAAAGAUGGAAAAUAUUUCUGGGAAGCAAGUUAAGGAAAUCAUAAGUACUAGGUCCAGUUGUGGGCUGUAAAAUGCAGGUCUGAAUCUGAGGUUAACUAUAGUUUUAUCUAAAGAUUUACAGCUUAGUGAGAAGCCUUCUACAUUGCUUAUGCCAUCGUAGCAACUUACUAUGGGAGAGGUAUUGAGAAGAGCGUCUGAAUCUUCACUGUGCAUUUCUACUAUAAUAAAAAACUCGUUGGAGGUAGAGAUGGUUGAUAGUAAUUCAGGCAGUACUGUGCAGUAGACACAGAUUCAAGAGAAGGAGGGCAGACACACUGUAGGGUCAUUCAGAACACAGGGCAUGUAUUUGGCUAAUGUCACUGGAAACAUUGCCUUUCAACCAAAAGAGCCAACAUAAUAUCAUACACUGUGAGUGUAGAAGUGUGAGUGGCAGAAGUAAACCAGUGAGUUGCAUGUGUAUCAUGACUAACUUAGUAAGAAGGCUGAGCUGAGUGGUCUUUAAUGACUCUAAAGGUUAAUACAUAAAUAAAAAAUAAAUAUAGAGUCAUAGAACUGUUUGAAUUGGAAGGACCCAUAAAGAUCACCUGGUUCCAACCUCUCUGCUGUGGGCAGGGACAUUUUGUGCUACACCAGGUUGGUCAAAGUCCCAUCCAGCCUGACCUUGAACUCUCCCAGGAAUGAAGCAUCAACAGCUUCCCUUAGCAUUGCACAUAUAGGGAUAUAUAUUUUCCCAUCCAUUUGCCUUGUUAGAGCAAAUGGGCUUACUGGGUGACCUGCCUGGAACAUCCUGUAGGGGAAUUUAUAGGCUGUGUUUGAACACUAGAUGGCAACAGUAGUUUAUUAAAUAGAAUCGACAAAUGUGAGGAUGUCAAUUUAAAAAUGUUUUAUUUUGUUUGAUUUUUAACUUUCCAGUCUGUGGCUAUUUCACUGCAAAAUACAUUCUGUGACAAAAAUGCA